AUGUUCGACUUCGACGCCUUGGAGGACGCAGAUCCAGACCCGGAUCCAGAGCUCGGUUUGCAAUGGCAGACCCGGAUGUUUGCCAACGUCGAAUGCCGAGUUCUUGAACCGCCAGGACCACUGAGCCUCGUUCUCAUCUUUUUUCACGGAAGUGGGACGCCUUUUCGUGUGGAGCAGGAGAGGGUUUUCACCCCUCCUCGCGCCCUUCGCCUCCUCGCGGCGGGAGUGGCGGUGGUGCUGCCUGCAAGCCCUUUGCGGGAUGGAGCGGUUCACUUCUGGUACAGCACAGACAAAGAUGUACUGGUGGAUUUGUUGACGAAGGCGAAGGAGCAGGAGAAGGCUGCCGAAGAGGGUUUUCCUCAAGGCGGUGCUCAGCUCUCUCUCAAGUCGGCCACCACCUCAACGCCUCCACCACUACAGAGUGCCGUCGACCAGCUGAAGGAUGGGGAGCCUGCAUUCCUGGAUCUGUCCCGGGGCACUGCACGAGAGGUCAUCGAAGCUGCCCGAGAUUUUUUGGGCUUGAGCCUUGCAUCGGUGGCUUUGGCCGGCUUCUCACAAGAUGUCCGCAUCUACACGUACCGCCUGCCAGCGUGUUCUUUGGAGCAUUUUCCCGGCGAAGAGAUUGAUGGUCGGCAGCCACUGAGGCGAAAGCAGUUUCACGAUGGACGCCCGCCGCUUCUGCCGAUUCACCGAAAGCUUGCUUACGGGCGACUGGCCACCGAUGAUCCCCACAACGCUACGCACUUCUACAUCCCUGCUCCGUUCUUCUUCUGGGAUGACUCGUGGCAUUCUUCGAACGAGGCCUGCAAAGCGAUAACCUCAGAACGCAUCUUAGAUGCCGACCAGAAAAUGAUUCUACUGCCUGGUGAUGUGCCCGAUCUCCGAAAUGCAGCCUGGCACUGCCAGCAGGAGGGUUGCGUGUUCGGCCUAUGGUUGCAAUUCACAGGCGUGCAAGCGGACGACGAAGCGUAUCCCAUAUUGUGGAUUUUGAAAUUUCGUCAGCAAGGUGUCACGGUCGACCUGGGCCUGAAAUCCGGAUGUCCCAUCAUCAGUACCGACACAGAGACCCUUGUGGCAGACUGCGACCGGGAGCAAAUCACAGACCAGCGCUGGCAUCAUAUAGGUGGCAUUCUUCGCAUGGACCUGUCUUCGACAGAGAUGCUACUGGACUUCCUCCCCGUGGCUUCCCAGCUUUCGAUCCAAGGUACGACUGCUGAAGCUGCUGCACCGACGCCGGACUUCCUCGGAUGGAGGUUUUGGGGCAUAGAAGUUUGGAGAGAAGCAGUGCUUUCGACACUCCCGCCUUGGAGGACUGCGAAGCCUUUUCAGUUGAUGCUCCAACGGUGCGCCGUCCCAUCCCCAAUGGAGAGCUCGAAGGGCCCCUGCAUGCAGAGAGUCAUUGACUUCGUCGAGUCCCAACCGUGGCUAAAGCGACGUCAAGGCUGGGACCAUUUGGUUCUUUUCGCAGGCGUGGACUACCCGUCGGUUUUCAAUCCAAUUCAUCCGCCCGAUGAGACGGAUUUUGUGUUAGAGACCAGGUGGCCGGCGUUCAGGAACUUUGCCUUGCUGCAUUUCGGCGCCAGGUCGGAGCGCUGCGUGGACCGAUUGGAGAGCUUUCAUCCAGCACAACGCCACGCCUUGCCUGACUUCAAGCAGUGCCAGAGACGCGUGUUCCAAACGGUCACUAUACCUCCUCUUUUUCCCAACGAGGACUUCAACUGUGCCAAGAUGGCCUCCUACGCGCAGGGUCGCCCGAGGCCUCAUCGUCUUGGUUUCCGUGGGCUGAGCUACAAUGCCAUGGUCGAGCGCAACGCUUUGAACCAGGCGCUGUCGGAGGCGUUUUUGCAGCAAUUGCAGAUAACUGGCGACUUCCGGCUAGAGUUUACGAACUGGACGCACGAGUUGCUGGGGACGGGUGUUUGCAAAGCGGACCAUGCCUUUGACCUGCUCUGCAGCUGGUCCAGCGUGAACAGACCGGCAUUUAACCAGAGCCAUUCGUCAUCGCAGCGCGUCCAGAAAAUGCGAUCCCGAGCUCUGGAGCUUUGGGAAAGCUCUGAGGCAGGACUCGUGCUGCCCGGUGAUGGCGGCUAUGAGCUUCGCUUGUACAGCAUGCUGAACAAGGCCACGGUGCCCUUCAUUGUGGCUUCAACCGGCUCAACGCACGCGAAGAUACCAUUCUCCGCGACUCUUCCAUGGAGUCGCUUCGCGAUUUUCUGGGACCUUAGCAGUUCAUUCGUCACCGUAGAAGCUCCAACUCAACGCUCGCAUUCUGUGAGCGUUGGGGCACACCGACUUCUAUUGCAAGCAGCGCUGAUGGACCCUGAGGUGUUGAAGCGGAAGCGUCGGAACUUGCUCCGAUACGCGCCGGGGCUCUCGUGGGAGGAUCACGCACCAUGCCCCGGCACGCUGAGAAAGACAGCCUUGGAUUUCUUAGCACAAGAGCUUGCCCAUCGCUUGUCCAAGUACGAGGCAACUGGAGCUGGACUCACUGGAAUUACUGGAUUGGCACUCCACGAUCGGUCCUGGAAGAUCCCUGACAAGCAUGUUUUGAACAGUGAGCAAGAGGACCUAACAGGAACUGGUUGCCCUGCCGGAUACCCACUCUGCGAGAAGCACGAAUCUGGAAACGUGUGUGUCGCUCCUUGUUAUGGAGGACCCUUUGCGUGCCCCUUGGGAUGCAAGUUGAUGGCUGACCGCCCACCCUGGUGUCGAACAUCGGCAGGUGCGGCGUGCAAUGCUCCGAUCGAAGGCAGAACCGCGAUUCCCUGCGGCAUGUAUCCAGAUCGGAACUUUCACGCCCAAGUUCUCCCCUACGCGGAGGGCAUCGUCCGAAGGCCGCGCAUUGCGCUUUUGACGUGGUCGGACCGGAAAGAGCUCGCGAAGUUGACAAAGCCGGCCUUAGAGCGAUUCUGCCAGGAACACGAAGGACGCUAUGAUCUCAUCGUCGAGCAGGAGCCCAUCUUGGGAAAGAGCUCCAACUAUGCGCCGGCCUGGAAUAAGGUCGUGUUCCUACGUCGCCUGCUGCGAACCACGCUCUACGAUGCUGUGGUAUGGAUUGACGAUGACAUUCUCAUCACGGAGCCUGGCAGAGAUCCGAUCUAUGAAGGGCUGAAAAGGAGCAUACUUGCACUGCACUCGGACGUCUUCCUUUACGCUUCCAAAGACGUUCGCGUCGAUGCGCGUGUACCUAUGAACACAGGGAUUCUUGGCCUCCGCGCUUCCCGGCGGGCCAGGAAGUUUCUAGAGGAAUUGCUGCGCAUCUCCAGGCAGAAGGUCGUUUUCGACGGCCAGGCCUUGGUACCUCAGAAGCAAGGUUGGUGGGAUCAGGAUGCCGUCGCGGCAUGGGUGCGUAAGAAUGGACUGAAAGACGCGUACCUCGAGGAGCAUCGGACGAUCCAGUCCAUCGUGCGUGACCUCUCGGACGGGCACUGGAUGCCAGGGGACUUUGCGGCACACUUCAGUGGCCGACCGGAAGAAGUUCGUCUGCAAGUCAUGAAGCAGUUCCAGCAGAAGCGACGCCGCGAGACACAGCCCUGUGCUGCUGUGGCGAUGGAUGCGGCCUUGCACCUGCCAGCGACCCCGGCGGCCUUGGGGUUCUUCUCGGGCUCGCUCAUGUGCAGGAGGCGGUGGCGUGAACGGCUUCCUCUCCUGAAGGGCUGGAGAGACCUUGCACUUGUUCAAGGCCAUGGCCGAGGAGACUGGGCAGUGGGUGUCAAUGGCGGUCGCUGGAUGCGGGACUUCUGCCGCGAUGAGAUUGGGAUGCAGCAGGCAGAGUACCACGAGUUUCAAGGAGGCCACACCAUUCCGCCUGACUUAGCCGACCGCUUUAUUGAAAUGCUGCUCCGUGCCUCUCACGCAGCUGCUUGA